GCCCAAUGUCAUCGGUUGUUUAUCAUAGAGGAACGAGUAAUGGAGAAGGGAUUUUGCUAGGUUUAAAAGAGGCCAGAGGAACGUCCAAGAAAUUAUUCCCUCGUGUAACUCCACAGUUAAAGGAAAAAAUGGCUUUGAUUUUGGCUGCCGGUUUAGUGUUGGCGAGACAGCAGGCCGGUCUCUGGCAGUUUCUUCUUCUUCAGGCAAACUACGGCGUGUACCACUGGUCACCUCCCAAGGCGGACCUGAACUCUGGAGAACAAUUCCUGGACGGAGUUUACCGAACGUUGAACGAAAGUACCGGGUUUAAUAGAGGCGACGUGCAAUUAUUCACCAACUUUCAGGAGAAAGUGACAUAUAAGGCGUUCGGUAAUGACAAAGAAGUCACGUACACUCUCGGAAAGUAUACAGGCACGAACGGCGACAACGUUCUGCUUCAUCCGGGGCAUCAAGCCUUCAAGUGGGCACCAUAUAAUGAAGCCAGGGAGUUAGUCGGAUAUCAAAAUAUGAAAGAACUUCUCGACAAAGCCAAUGCCGAAUUGUUAAAACAUCCCUAAUCAUUGAUCCAUCCCAUUUUAAGACAAAUGUAAUCACACAUUCAUUUUAAUUUACUUUGAACGGUGAUGGAGGAUUAUAUAUAAUAGGGUUAGCACAACUGUGUACAUGUUAUGCGCUAAUAAAAUCUUAUUCUGCUCUCAAAA